AUGUUAGCGUGUAAAUCAAAUCCACUGAAAGUGGAACAGGAAGAGACAACGGAAAUUGACUUUUCGGGUUUGGACGAAAUUUCAACGAAGGGUGUUGAAGUAAACAUUGCUAUAGUUGGGAAAUCUGGGAGUGGUAGAUUAAGUUUUGUUAACGCCAUCAGAGGGUACGUAUGAAAUUCUUGUACUUUUGCUUUGACAUACAGUUUAAUAAUAGCUAGAUCGUGUUAGAGGCUUGACUAAAAUAACAAACUGACAUCUAAAAAUGCUUCGAUUUACAGUAUAAUUAGCUCAAGCAAUGGUUCAGUGACUUCAGGCAUACUUCAAAACGUCUGCAGUUGUAUUUCAAGUAUUGGUACAAUUUGCACUAUAAUUUAAUUGUUGUUAUAUCUUAAUACACAAUUUGGAGGAUAUUUUUAUGAUAUCCUUUAACAUUAAAUGAUAUUUUACCGAGUUUUGUACUUUCACUUUGAGAUUUACAAAGAAAUAUCGAAGCGUGACGAACACAAGUUGAAAUAAAUAAGCUUAGGACGUUUCCCGUAUACCAUACAAUGUAAGGCCAAUGUCUAUCAGAUUCGCCCAGAGAUCCCUAUACAUCAAUACACGACAUAUAAGAGCAAAAUUCAACCCCUUUGAACAGUGGCAACGGAGAGCUACAAUAUUUUGAACUGGUUUGGAAGUUUUUGUUGACAAAGGACUGCACGGUAUCGUAUUGAUUAUUGUAUAGAGUUGUCGUUGACAAAUGUGACGAAUGCUAUUCAAUUUUUUACGGUAUUUAGGAUCAUAAUUAAAUUGUAAUUUGUAAGAGAUCGUAUUUUUCAUGUAAUUUUAUCCCUAUCAAUCCGGAACAGGAGUCUCAAGAUUUGGAAGAGGGGAGGACUCAUUUUGCCCGAAAAAGGGCGUGUAGAUCUUAUAUAUUUCCCAUAAAUAAAAGUACUAUUUGCAAUGAGAUAAAACAGAAAUUUUGCACCAGAUUACUCUACGUCUGUAUAUUCUUUGACAUUUUGGUUGCAAUGUUGUAGUCGGAGGCCCAGCUUUGCUUCCCCUACACCAAUCACAUGCGAUGGGAAAAGUUAAGUUAUUGCUGCUGCAGCAAGCGAGGUUUAUUGUAAAUGAAUUUUAUGCUUUAUAUUUCGCUUCAGUGUUUCGUUUCUUUACUAACCCAGUGUAAUUUACAUUAUAAAUUGAAUUCCAGUAUUUCCAGACAAUGUUGAUUCAUCAAUGGAGGAAAUGUAAAUCAGUUAAUAUUAAAAAAUAAUACACAUUUUAAAAAUUGCCCGCCAGUUGAUAUAUUUUUACGCAGAUUAAGCAGAUAACAGAGAGAAGCACGUGACAGUUUGAUUUGUGCACUGAGCGCCCGUAAUGAAAGGGCAAAUGCCAGCUAGUACUUCAAUUUGUUAAGUUUCGUAAUGUCCUAUUUUUUACGUUUAACCUCCCAAAAUUUAAAAUUCUUUUCAAAACACUUGGUUUUUUUUCGCCCGACGAAGUACAGCGUUUUGCCCGACAAAACUGUCGAUUUUAUUUUUGGAGGGGGGAGGGGGUGGGAGCCAUCCCUAAACCCCCAGGAUUUACGCCCCUGAUCCAGAGCUUCCCGCUAUAUUAUGUUUUUGCUUUUUGCGAUGCUGUAAAAUGUUUGAGUUACUAGCUUUCAAUUGUCAGUUUUCGACCAGAGAACGCAAAGCUUUUAUCCUGGUCUCCCCGUCUGUCCCCGAUCAAACAAUUUUAAAAGUGUUGAUCCAGUUGUAUUGUCAUACUAAUAACUUACUGACCGAAAGUGAAGGCAAUACAGGAAAAUAUCGAACCGAUGACUUGCGAAAGUGAGGGCAAUACAGGAAAAUAUCCAACCGAGGACUUGCUGUAUUGCCGGACCGAUAGAGAGGUCAUUACAGCAAGACCGAGGUUAGAUAUUUUCCCGUAUUGCCCAAACGGUUGGUUUCCCCAAACGAACUUUAAGAAAAAAUAUAAAUCUGUUGCUGCUUUAGUUGUAUUUUAUAUUUAGAUGGUGUCAGAUUCCUAGCUCCUGGCUAUCUGCAAAUAAAAUUUGCAGCUCUUCACAUAGUCAAAACACAACUAUUCUUGAUCGCUUUAAUAGUUUUACAGAUAGUAAAAUUUACCUUGUAAAUUCGACUUUCGCUAACAAAAACGGUUGUGAAAGUUUUUUAAUCACAGAGUUGCUCUUUUUCUCUAUUUUAGGUCUAUUUUUCUUCUUUCGAAUAGUUUGAAAGACUUUUAGACACUUUUUGCCGUUUGAAACUCGACUCUCGACGCAGUUUCGUAUGGCAAUAAAAAUUGCGUAUUGCCCGUGGGCGAUAAUAAGGGGAAAAUCAGCAGCCUAUCAAAAUGCGCGAUUCAUCAAAACAAAUAUUUGCCAUAUAAUAAAAAAAAAUAUCAAUGUUAAAUAAAAAGUAAAUGCUACUUAUGGGUUAUGUGUGAACUUAAAUGAAGAUUAAAUUACAGUAAGGGGCGGACCAUUAGAAAUUCCGGGAGGGGGGUGAAAAUUCCCCCAAAAAAAUUCGUGCAAAGGAAAAUACCUGGAAAAAAAAUUCGUGCAGCCAUUACGUCAGAGAAAAAAAAAUCGUGCAAGCAAACAGCGAAGUACAAAUAGUCUUGAAAAAAAAUUCGUGCAGAGGUUAAAUGCAUUAAAAAAAAUUCCUGCAGAGACACGAGACUGAAAAAAAAAUUCGUGCCGCAAAAAUUUUAUACCCCCCUCCCGGGAUUUCUAAUGGUCUGCCCCUAAUACAGACUUUCAGUGGAAGUUUGCGUGUCAAUCAGACAUUUGUCAGUCAGAAUCAGUUACAUGUAUAUUUGAUCUUCGAAUUCCCUACACUUCCUCCCCUAAACUCUUGAUGCCGUCGCCAUGCAUGUACAGAUGCAACACGUAGAUAAGACUAUCUGGGGUGUUGCUUAAGACAAAAAUCAAAACAUACAAAUAAUUCUAAUUAAAUAAUUAUGCAAUUACACAAAGUUAACUUAAAUUAUAAAUAAUAAUAUUUCGUCACUUUUCUUGAGUACUUAAGGUGGCUCCCUACAGUUAGUACAGUUUAAAUACGAUUUAUAUAGAUCAGACUUCAUCCCCGCGACCUGCGCGUGGAAUCGUGUUUACUGUUCUGCAAAAAUAUUGAAACCAGCUGUGGGAAGUUUUUUGGCGUUUUUUAUCUACAAAGAAACCCCAGUUUUUCAUUAUAAUCCUAUUUUUUUCUGAAUUCGAACAGUGCGUAUGUUAUUAACUAGUUUAACCUAUCUUUUAGUGUGUUUUUACGUAUUUACGUUCAGUAUUGUCUUUCACAUUGCUCAAAAUUUUCAACUUGUUGUUUUGCGAGCUGUCAAACUGAAAUGACACUGUCUUCUAUUUACUCUUGAACAGUAGUGAACUGUUGCCGAAACUUAUAUAAGUUCUGUCAAUCAAUUCAAUUUACAGGUAUCGUUUUAUCUGCUAAAUCAAAUAAAACAGUUAUGAGUUGUUUUAUAUGAAAAGUUAAACUUGUAGUUCAAUGUUUUGAAAAGUUUUCACACCGAUUUUAACAACAAAAACAAGUGUAAACUAACAAUGGAUUUAAUACAAUGCCUAUAAUAGUGUUUUUUAUUAGUAUUUUCAAGAUUAAUAUUUUAUUUUUAUGUCAAACAAGUCAGAAAUAUCUGUUUUCUUAUGUAUUGUAAGCCAAAAAGUUGAAAUCACUAUAAAUCACACGCUACAAUUUACACGCAUGCGCAGAUCGUGCUCAUGUCGAGUCGAUUUUUUUCAUGCUGGCCACGCCGAUUUUAGCGAUGAUUUUCUCGUGUUUUCUUCGGUGAAAUUUUUUUAAACUUUGUAUUUUUGUUAAACAAGAGGAAUGGUACCACAUAUCCAAAUUUUAAGAAAUUCUAUAAAUAACUUUUUCUGUAACCGUCAUUCACGAAUAUCUCGAAAACUUAUUUAUAAAUUCCCUUCAAAUUUUGAUGGACAAUAAACUUUAUGGACAAUAAAUCUUAAAAAAAAAUUUCAGAAAAAUUCACCGAAGGAAAAUAUAGAUAUUGUCCAUUUAUUGUGAAAUUAGACAAUAAAAGUGCAAAAGAUUACACGUCAUGGUUGCCAUGGCAACACAAACACUGUUUUAAUUUGUUCAUAAAUGGAGAGCACACAGCUUCUGAACUUUCCUGGAAAUGAUCAUAUUGCCUUGUCUUAAGUGUAUCUAAUAUAAAUUCGGUUCAAAGCGAACGAUACUCAAAAUACCUAGAAUUUUAGAGAACUGUAGGGAGCCACCUUAAGUUGAGCUGCGACUCAUAUUUCCAUAGCCCUUUUAACUUGUGUAGUACCUGAAUAUCAGUCUUAUUUUGAAAAUUUACUCGUGUGCAGUCGCUGUUACUCGUUUAUUACUCGUACUUACUAGUCUGUACUCGUCUGUGGAAAUGUUACUCGUAUAUGUACUCGUCUGACGCUCAUCUGUACUCGUCUGGUACUUGACUAUGCUCGUCGUUACGUCACUCACGUGCUCGUCUGUAGUCGUCUAGCUGUUACUUGUGUGUCAUCGUAGAAAGUUGCUUGGCGACGAAAACGUACGAAUAUGUUUUCAACAUAUUGCCGCUGCCACGCGGCAACUUGUCAAAAGCGGUUGCAAUUUGCUUUAAUCAACAUUGCAAUAUUGUGGUGCAAUAUUGGAAAGAACGGCGCAAAAGGACAUCCCCUUUGACCAAGGUUUCAUUGUUUCGUAUGACCCCGAUUUCGACCGGAAAAAGUAACAAUAUACGUCAAUCAAUCCAUGAUGCUUUUUCAUUUCGUCUGUCUAAUGGUAAUUCUUUUCAUACACGAAAUAGCAUUCAGGGACUAAAUAUCAAUAGAAGAAAGAAAUUCGUGUUGAAGGGUAGUCUGCUUUUUUAUUAUUUGACAUAAAACAGCGGGUAUUUUGUUGUAACCUUCAAUUUCCAUUCCAAAUGUUUUUCUUCAGUAUACUCAUGAUCAAGGCGAUCAGAUAUUUUUUCAUGUACAAAGUUACUGAAGGUUUAUUUGUAUAAUUCUUGCAAGGCCUCCGAAUCUAUGUGUGACUUUCCCAUAGUGCAUGUGAUAUAUUCCUUGAUUGGUACCAGUUUGCAUACAUGCAGGACAAGAAAUCCUUUUCAAGAAUGGUACGCAGGCUAAGAAUGACAAAAAUGUUUUUGCAUCCAUACUCAUUCAUUCAUUACUAUUUUCUUUAAGACUUAAAGACAGUGACGAAAAUGCAGCGAGAAAAGGUGUAGAAAUGACGUCCAAAGAAUCUAUUUCCUAUUCUCAGGCUGAAAACCCCAACCUCAAGUUUUCGAUACUUCCCAGUAUUGAUCAAGAAACGUUUCCUGCUUUCCAAUCAUUUCUUGAAUAUGUUGAAAUUGAAAAAUUUGACGCAUUCCUUAUUUUUACUGCUGAAAUGUUCAAUAAAAGGCAUGUAAUAUUAACAAAAAAAAUUAAGUCCAGUAACAAGCCAAUCUUUUUAAUUCGAACCAAUAUCGAAAACCACAACCAUGCUGAAGACCCUAACGAAGAAAAGAUAUUUCAAGAGAUCAAAGAGGGACUUGUUGAAAAUUUAAAAGAGGUUCAUUCUGACGAAAAUAAAACCUAUCUUAUAAGUAAUAAUCACCCAGACAAAUGGGAUUUUGAGAAGCUCGCGAAAGCAAUCGCAGAUUCUUUGCCUUCUCCUAAAAAAGAGUGCUUUAACAAGAUUCCAAAGAUUCAAAAUUUAAUUGCCAUGGAGAACUUUCAGAAUUUUCUAAAAGGUACCGUGCAGUAAAUUUAAAAUAUAUAGAGGUAUCAAUAAAAAGUAUAUACUGCAGUAUUAAAUCUUUUACG